GUAAUUGUUUACAGACACGGUUGAAGCUGUUCCAGAACUGCAAGAAUGUAAAAUUUUUGCUAAAAUAACCGAUUUUCCCUUUAAGAUAUAAAAAAAUAAAAAAAUACAAAACUAGUCGAUUCUAGAAGGUACUGGAACAGAGCAAUUGUUUCUAGUUCCAGCCUUGGAACUUUGACGUAUUGUCAUAACCAAUAACAAACAUUCAUAUUUCAUAUUUAUUUUUCAAAUUUAAAAAAAUUCAAUUUAAUCCGCAAUGUUACAACGUGUUGUAUUGGCCGUCAUGGCCUUUCUGGCCAUCGUGAAUGCCUAUACAAUGCGCAUAAGUUUAUCCAUUGUCAUAACCGAAUUGGUGGUCAAGCGAAAUCAUACCAAGGAAGAUAUUGGGACAGCGGUUUGUGAGGCUCAGGAUGAUGGCUUGGAUCCGGAUACUUCACCCGGUGGCGAAUAUGAAUGGUCUGAGGAGUUACAAGGCUUUAUAUUAUCCUCAUUUUAUAUUGGCUACAUUAUAACCCACGUACCAGGUGGUAUAUUGGCCGAUAAAUUUGGUGGUAAAUGGACCUUAAGUUUGGGUAUCCUAUCAACGGCAGUAUUUACGGUGCUGACUCCCUGGGCCAUUGAGUGGGGUGGUUCGACGGCCCUGAUUGUGUUGCGGAUUUUAAUGGGUCUGGGAGAGGGUACCACAUUUCCUGCACUUAGUGUUCUGCUAUCACGCUGGGUGCCAAUUGGCGAGCGGGGAAAAUUGGGGGCCUUGGUAUUGGGCGGUGGACAAAUCGGUACCAUUUUGGCAAAUUCAAUAUCGGGAUUUUUGUUACACCACUUCAAAUGGCCAGUGGUUUUCUAUCUCUUUGGGGGAUUAAGUGUCGUGUGGUUUUUGAUAUUUACUUUCAUAUGCUAUAGCACUCCAUCUGCCCAUCCCUUUAUUUCGGAGAGGGAGCGUGAAUAUUUAGAACAGGAAAUAAAUUCUAGUGGUCCCAAUGAAAAUUUGGCACCCACCCCCUGGAAGGCCAUCUUCACCAGCAUGCCCAUGAUUGCCUUGAUAUGUGCCCAAAUCGGCCAUGAUUGGGGUUUCUAUAUUAUGGUCAGCGAUCUGCCCAAAUACAUGGCCGAUGUAAUGCAAUUUUCGAUCAAGGCCAAUGGUGUGUACUCCUCUCUGCCCUAUGUUAGUAUGUGGACUAUAUCGAUUUCUUCGGGAUUUGUGGGUGACUGGCUGAUGGUGAGAAGUAUUUUGAACAUCACAAAUACCAGGAAAUUAAUGACGGCUAUUGCCGCCUUUGGCCCAGCCAUAUUUAUGGUUGCUGCCUCCUAUGCCGGCUGCAAUCGCCUGGCCGUGGUCGUACUGUUUACCAUCUGCAUGGGUCUCAUGGGUACCUAUUAUGCCGGCAUGAAGUUGGGCCCCCUAGAUAUGAGUCCCAAUUAUGCUGGUACUUUGAUGGCCAUAACCAAUGGCAUUGGCGCCAUAACGGGAGUGGUUGCCCCAUAUUUGGUGGGCGUCAUGACACCCAAUGCAACCCUUCUCGAAUGGCGUGUCGUUUUCUGGCUGGCGUUUAUUGUCCUCUGUGGCACUGCUGUAAUUUACUGUAUUUGGGCUUCGGGUGAGGUACAAUAUUACAAUGAUCCUGAGACUUUGAGACAAUAUGAGGAGGAGCGAAGGCUCAUCGCUUGCCAUUACAACGAAACAUCGUCCCCUUCCAGCAAUCAUCAAGAGAACAACACUCCCCCAGCAAAUCCGUCCAGGCAAACAAUUGUACCCCACUCCUCCUCAACACAUUCGAUGUUGUCCCCAAUUCGAAGUGAAGAUAUUGAGAAUUUCCUACGGCCCUCCUGGUGGAAUUUAACCCUGAAUACAAUGCAAUAUCAUUGGACGAAGACUCUAUUAAUUGCGGAGCUCAAUCAUCUAAUUUUGGAUUUAAGAGGACCACAUAUUUUUAGUAUAAUCAGCAUAACGCUAAAAAUUAUGAUACCUUUUCUACUUUGCUGGCUAUUAUCGCUGGUGGUGCAACAAUUAUUUCAAUCAUUAACAAAUCAGGGAACUUUGCACCCAAGGCAAUCCGCCAAAUUGAAAUUAGUUUUGGCUACCUAUUUUCCUCUAAUUUUCUCGGAUUUUGCAUCGUGCCUUAUGUCCUGCAAUGAUGGGAAUUCUUGGGAAAUGAUAUUCAAUUGUGCCAUCUCGGUGAUGACCAACAUGCAUUCAAACAUCAAUUUGAACUCCUUGAAAAUGCAGCUGAACACAUCGCCCAGUCUAAGUAGUUUUGGAACAUUGGUCCAUGAACUGGGCUCGAUAACGAAUAUUAUUACAGUUUAUUUUGAAAAUCUACUGGGUGAGGAGGUCAAUUUUGAAAUGAUCACAUGA